UAAGUCAAUGAUUUACAGAGCUAGUCUGGCAUUGUGGCAAGCUCAUCUGGGCAUUGUCUCCCUCUCCAGGGUCACUCAAAGGGGCCAUACUUGGUCAGUGCGCCCUUGUCCACCAUCAUCAAUUGGGAGAGGGAAUUUGAGAUGUGGGCACCUGACUUUUACGUGGUUACUUACACGGGGGACAAGGAGAGCCGAUCGGUGAUUCGGGAGAAUGAGUUUUCCUUUGAGGACAACGCCAUCCGGAGUGGGAAGAAGGUUUUCCGCAUGAAAAAAGAGGCACAGAUCAAGUUUCAUGUCUUGCUCACAUCCUAUGAACUCAUUACCAUUGACCAGGCCAUCCUGGGGUCCAUUGAAUGGGCCUGUCUUGUGGUAGAUGAAGCUCACAGGCUGAAAAACAACCAGUCCAAGUUCUUUAGGGUGUUGAAUAGCUACAAGAUUGACUACAAGCUGCUGCUUACGGGGACACCCCUGCAGAACAACCUUGAGGAACUGUUCCAUCUUCUAAACUUCCUGACUCCAGAACGGUUCAACAACCUAGAAGGCUUCCUGGAGGAGUUUGCUGAUAUUUCCAAGGAAGAUCAAAUCAAGAAGCUGCAUGACUUGCUGGGGCCCCACAUGCUGAGGCGACUGAAGGCUGAUGUGUUUAAGAACAUGCCAGCCAAGACGGAGCUGAUUGUGCGGGUGGAGCUAAGCCAGAUGCAGAAGAAAUACUACAAGUUCAUUCUGACCAGAAAUUUUGAAGCCUUGAACUCCAAAGGCGGUGGAAAUCAGGUGUCUCUGCUGAACAUCAUGAUGGACCUGAAGAAGUGCUGCAACCACCCGUAUCUCUUCCCCGUGGCCGCCGUGGAGGCACCAGUCUUACCCAAUGGUUCCUACGAUGGCAGCUCCUUGGUCAAGUCUUCUGGGAAGCUCAUGCUCCUACAGAAGAUGCUGAAAAAGUUGCGUGAUGAAGGACACCGGGUUUUAAUCUUCUCUCAGAUGACCAAAAUGCUGGACCUGCUGGAGGAUUUCCUGGAGUACGAAGGCUAUAAGUAUGAGCGAAUUGAUGGUGGGAUCACGGGAGGUCUUCGGCAAGAAGCUAUCGACAGAUUCAAUGCUCCCGGAGCCCAGCAGUUCUGUUUCCUCCUCUCCACCCGGGCUGGUGGUCUGGGCAUCAACUUGGCCACUGCUGACACUGUCAUCAUCUACGACUCGGACUGGAAUCCUCACAAUGACAUACAGGCCUUCAGCAGAGCCCACCGCAUCGGCCAGAACAAGAAAGUCAUGAUUUACCGCUUCGUCACAAGAGCCUCCGUAGAGGAACGAAUCACCCAGGUCGCCAAGCGCAAGAUGAUGCUCACGCACCUAGUGGUGCGACCUGGCCUGGGAUCGAAGUCUGGGUCCAUGACCAAGCAGGAGCUGGACGACAUCCUGAAGUUUGGGACAGAGGAGCUCUUUAAAGAUGAUGUGGAAGGCAUGAUGCCUCAGGGUCAGCGGAUCAACAUGCCUGAGCCCGUGGCGCCCGCCCCUGAUGUCCAGGCCUCCAAAGGUGGUGGCACCUUAGCAGCUGGGGUGAAAAAAAAGCAUGGCAGCACCCCACCAGGUGACAACAAGGACGUGGAAGACAGUAGUGUGAUCCAUUAUGAUGAUGCCGCCAUUUCCAAGUUGCUAGAUCGGAACCAGGAUGCCACGGAUGACACAGAGCUGCAGAACAUGAAUGAGUACCUCAGCUCCUUCAAGGUGGCCCAAUACGUGGUCCGGGAAGAAGAUGGAGUGGAGGAGGUAGAAAGGGAGAUCAUUAAGCAGGAGGAGAACGUGGAUCCUGACUACUGGGAGAAGCUCCUUCGUCACCACUAUGAGCAACAGCAAGAGGAUCUGGCCCGGAACCUGGGCAAAGGGAAGAGGAUACGGAAACAGGUCAAUUAUAAUGAUGCAUCCCAGGAGGACCAAGAAUGGCAGGAUGAGCUGUCAGACAACCAGUCGGAGUACUCCAUCGGCUCCGAGGAUGAGGAUGAGGACUUUGAAGAGAGGCCCGAAGGUCAGAGUGGGAGGAGACAAUCCCGGAGGCAGCUAAAAAGUGACCGAGACAAGCCCUUACCACCUCUGCUGGCACGAGUUGGAGGCAACAUUGAGGUCCUAGGGUUUAAUGCCCGGCAGCGGAAAGCCUUCUUGAAUGCCAUCAUGCGCUGGGGCAUGCCCCCCCAGGAUGCCUUCAACUCUCACUGGCUAGUCCGGGACCUUCGAGGGAAGAGCGAGAAGGAAUUUAGGGCCUAUGUGUCCCUCUUCAUGAGACACUUGUGUGAGCCGGGGGCCGACGGGGCAGAGACCUUUGCAGAUGGUGUCCCUCGGGAAGGGCUUUCUCGACAGCACGUGCUCACCCGGAUUGGAGUCAUGUCACUAGUUAGGAAGAAGGUCCAGGAAUUUGAACACGUUAAUGGGAAAUAUAGCACGCCUGACCUGAUUCCUGAGAAUAAGAAGUCCAGUGAGAUCAUCUCUUCAGACCCCAAUACCCCAGUCCCAGCCAGCCCAGCCCAUAUUCCUCCUGGUCCUUUGGGGCUCCCAGGUAUUGUUGUUUCAGACAAAAUGGAAGCCCAGCUGGGCUUCUUGGAUGAAAAAGAACAAAUGGAACAGAAACCCCCCAAACCUCCUGAACUUCAGAUUCCAGGGAUGCCCACUGACAGAGGGGAUGGUGAGGAGAAGCAUGAGAACCUUGAAAACAAAGAGAGAUCCCGAGAAGAGAGGAGGGAAGAGAAUGAAAAGAUUGAUCCCUCCACAGAUCAGCUGCUCAAAGAUGAUGCAUUCCCUGACAAAGAUAAAUCCCUGGAGAAGAUGGAGUUAAAUCUGGGCCACGGCAGAGGGGAUGACAAAGAUUUCCGGCCAGAGGACUCCAAGGUAGAAGAGAAGGAAACAGCAGAAAGCCAGCAAAAUGGGGAAAAAGAAGAUGAUGAGGAUGGGAAGAAGGACGACAAGAACGGGAAAUUUAAAUUCAUGUUUAACAUUGCCGACGGGGGAUUCACAGAAUUGCACACGCUGUGGCAGAAUGAGGAGCGUGCGGCUGUCUCCUCAGGGAAGAUCUAUGACAUUUGGCAUCGGCGCCAUGAUUACUGGCUUCUGGCGGGUAUCGUGACGCACGGCUAUGCCCGAUGGCAGGAUAUCCAGAAUGACCCCCGCUACGUGAUCCUCAAUGAGCCCUUCAAGUCUGAGAUCCACAAGGGCAAUUACCUGGAGAUGAAAAACAAAUUCCUGGCUCGAAGGUUUAAGCUUCUAGAGCAGGCGCUAGUGAUCGAAGAACAGCUCAGGAGGGCUGCGUACCUCAACAUGACCCAAGACCCCAACCAUCCAGCCAUGGCCUUGAAUGCUCGUCUGGCCGAAGUGGAAUGCCUUGCCGAGAGCCACCAGCACCUGUCCAAGGAGUCCCUGGCUGGGAACAAGCCUGCCAAUGCUGUCUUGCAUAAGGUACUGAACCAGCUGGAAGAACUUUUGAGUGACAUGAAGGCUGAUGUCACCCGCCUGCCCUCCAUGUUGUCCCGGAUCCCGCCUGUGGCCGCUCGCCUGCAGAUGUCGGAACGCAGCAUCCUGAGCCGCUUGACAAACCGAGCCGGAGACCCCACCGUCCAGCAGGGUUCUUUCGGCUCCUCCCAGAUGUACAACAACAACUUUGGGCCAAACUUCCGGGGUCCUGGACCAGGCGGGAUUGUCAACUACAGCCAGAUGCCCCUCGGCCCCUAUGUGACUGCCACGCCCACUGGGCCACCUGCCAGCCACCCCGAAAGAAAAGGAGCUGACUCCCUUAAAGAUGGUGCUGCUUUGGGACGAAAGGGGAAACUCAGUGAUGUCAUCUGCAUUGAAGACUAAGUCCUAGCCCUAACGGGCCAGAUGUCCAGAAGUGCCACCAUGUCAUAUCUCAAGUGUUCUUCAAAAAAAAAAAAAGAAAAAAGAAAAAAGAAAGAAAAAAAGGAAAAAAAGAAAAAAGAAAAAACAAAGAGCAACUUAAAAAAACCCAACCCAUUUCCAGAACUUCUUAGAAGGGAUUCCAUUUAUUUGUACAUCUUUUGCACUUUCUUAUUGAAGACUCGAAGAGUUUGUCUUGAUAAAAGUUGAAUGAAUUAUGAAGGAUUAUAAUGUUAACAGUAUUUAUGUCUCUGUUUUUAUCAACAUGCAUAAAGUCAAGAGGGAAACCUCGCUGGAGCCCCCAUUUCUAGACUUGUGAACCCUCACCUACCAGUUAAGACAAGGCUCAAUGGUCUUGUGUAGCCUCCUGUUUGCCUCCUGAUUCUUCUCACCAUAACUGUGUUUGAGCAGCUGCAUGCACCGUCUGCCCACUUCUGCUCCUGCCUGUCCUCCCAGCACCACCUCAGGCCAAAGGGACCCAUCUUUUGGACCACAGGCUAUGGGGCAGGUGCUGGGCCCAGCCUUCUGGUCUCUCCAGCUGAGUUUUGGCCUGGUUUGAUGUCUUUUCUUGGCCACCAUGAGGACCUGCUCUUGGGACAGGGCUAGUUGUAUGCUUCUUGCUAUUUUCUGCAAACUCUCCCUCCUGCCAGUAGCCCAGAGGCAGCUUGGUAUAGCUUGAGCUCUGCCUGAAAAUGCUCUACUGCAAGAAUGCUGCUGGAGACAGGGUUCAGAUAACCAGAUCCGGCCAGGUCUGAGGAUAAAGGUAUUGAUUCCUUAGUCCAAAGUCUAUUCCCAUCCUGGCUCAUGGAGCCUGCCUCAUAUACCAUGGUUCAUCAUAGUGAUACUUGGAGCCACUCUAAUGGGUGGUGGAGAAUCAGAGAAUAGGGGCUCAGGCUGUAGGAUCUUGGGAUAAGAUGUUCCUGGUGAGGGAAGAGGAGAUUGCUUGGGUCCAAGGUAAAGAGUGUGGAGAGACACCAUUUUCCUCUGAUGUUGCUAGAAGGUUAGUGUUAACUGCUCUACUAGGUCAAGGUUGGUUUUAGUCAUCUUUAAGUAUCUAAAGAGUUGUCAGUUGGAAUAGGGGAUAGACUUAUUCUGUUGGGUUCCAGUGGGCAGAAAUUAGGAAUAAUGAGAGCUUUCAAAAUGGCAGAUCCUAACAGUUGCCCUUCCUUGGAUGUCUUUGUUGCUAGACAACCAUUUGUUGGAAAUUUCAUAUAGGGCAUUAUGGUCAAAUAUGAGUUGAGCUAGAUGGCUAGCAGAGGCCCAGGAGAGGGGGGUGGGGAAUUGUAAAAUUCUCUGAAUCUAGGAAGGAGUAGGGGCUUUGGUGGGUCAAGGAAUCUUCAGGUGGGGUAACAAUAACAAAGCUUCUCAUUGGCUUACAAUAGUUUGGAUGUUGGUCUGUUUUAAGGCAGGGGGGACACACUAGAUGACUUCUCCAGAUCCUUUCCAUCCUGAGGGGUGGAAAACUUUCUAACUCCAAAAGGUCCUUUUCUGCCCCUUUCAGCCACCAAAGUCUUUACUUAGGAAAGGGCUCUGGCUUGCAUCUUCUUGUUUCCCAGUUGCUACCAUAUUUUCUCAAGAUUAAUUGAAUCUCUCUUUCUGCAAGAGAAAGGAAGGGGGAGGACCCUAUAGGGCUGGAUACUAGUGCUUACCGAGGAGAAGAGGAGUAGUGAACAUCAGAGCUGAUCGUUGGCCUUGUUUCUAGAGACCUCUCCUUGGGACGAACUGAGGGGAUCAAUUACACUUCUGUUCAAGCAUGGAGAGGGGCCACAACAGCAACAGCAGGUUCUUAUUAAGUGGUUUUUGUGUUCCAGGCAUUGUACUAGGUACUGGGAAUACAAAUACAUACAUAAAACAAUCCAUGUUCUCAAGGAGCCCACAUUCUUAUUAGAAUGGAUAUAGCUUGCUUGUAGGGUGUCAGCUUGGCAUAAUGGAAAAGGGUCAUGUCUGUUGCUGCUGUGUCCUAGAACAGGUGAUGUGCCUCAUUUCUAGGCCUGGCUCUUUGGUCUUCUCCUUUGUAAUAUGAGGGGGUUCAACUCAAUGAUCUUCAAAGCCUCUUCUAAAUGCUCCCAUUCCAGAUCAAAGCCUAUACUAGGAUAGCACAUGUGGGUGUAGGAGACUUCCCUCCCCUUCUCCCCUUGUUUGAAUUAAAAGUAGAAGCUGCAAGAGCACUGGAUUAGGGGGAAGCAUUUCAAAUUUAGGCAAAGACUUGAAAAAUUACAGUAUGUGAAGCAGAUAAAUCAAUCUUGGCUACCUAAAAUGGCAGAAUAUGGGAUGAAGAGGCCAUUUUAAGUCCAUAGUGGUUCAUUGUAUGCCUUUUCCAUAAGUGUUGUGUUCUCUUUAGUAGCACUUCCUCCCUUGAAUUCAUCCUUGGCUCAGGCUGAUAGGUGAGUGUGCACGUGUGUGUGUGUGUGUGUGUGUGUGUGUGUGUGUGUGUGUGUGUGUUGAGUGUGUUGAUGCCUGCUGCAAGAUCACUCUACCCUGAUCUUCCAUGAACAAUUUUCUUCCUUGGUCAAGCAUUAAAUGUAACCCUUUUCCCAUCAUCCUCUGGAGCAGAGCUCUUGCUAGAGGACUGAAAGUUGCCCAGUGAUGUGAGAUGACUAUAUCAUCUGCUCUCUUCAGACCAAUGCCCUGGCUUCUGUUCAUGAAGUCUUUGGAAAAUAACGUGAAGUGUUAAAAAACCAUUGGCGCCAUGUUGGUUUGGCACUACAACCCAUGUUGGGUUGUCCACUACUUUCCAUCCAAGAGGAGUAAACUGCCUUUGCCAAGGGUGACCCCUGUCACUUUAUUCACUCAAUGAAUGAGUAAUUGAUGGCUUUCUCAAUCAGUAUUGCUGCUAAUGUAUUCUUUUCUCUUUCCUCCCUCUCUCUUUCCAUCCCUAUCUGCUUUUGCUUUGCCUAGAGUCUUCUUAGUCAUCCCUUUGUUCUGUGAGGACCUUAGGGUUCCUCCCCUUCAUUGGAACCAGGUAUCUACCCUGGUCCUAGAAGGGACCCUGUGGGCUGUGAUCACCAAUGACCACAUUCUUUUCCCUGACCAGUAUUUGGUCAGCUACAUCUUUUGGGGAUGCCUGAAUAGACUAGAUCUGAAGAGCCUUUUCAUUUUAAAUAAGGAAGCAAAGUCAUCAUCUGUCCAAAGCAGAGAGAGGAGAAUUAGCUUUUGAACUAUCUACUUGGGUCCUUUUCAAGUUCCCAUGCAGGCAGAGCAGAGUUUGCAAACCCCAGGUCCUGUGUGGUGUGGUUAGAAGCCCAUCUAGGGUUUGACCCUGAGCAAAAUCCCUUCCCUCAAUUUCCUCUUCUUCAAAAUGAGGGGGGUUGGCCUCAGUGGCUUCUUGUGGUUCUUUCCAGUUCUAAAUCUAUAUACGCUUCUGUGAUGUUUCUUUCAUGGUGUUAUUAUUUAAAUCAAUGAAGUCUUGUGCUUCUCUAAGGCCUUGGGGCUGAGUAUCUUGGAAGGCUCUAUUGACACCACGUGUGUGUCUGUUUUGUCAGGCUGUGAUAGCUAUUUUUGGAUCUAGGGAAAGUCAAACCAGAUACAUCCUCCUUGCUCUCCCAGUGUAUUCCAUGUUUCUAUUGGUCCUUCCCUUCUUCCCAUGCCAAUCUAUCUCAAUGGACCAUAAAUGGAUACAAUUAAAAAAAUCUUGCUUAAUCAUUAUGUUUGGGAAGAAUCUCCCUAUCUCUUUGCUCUUCCAUAUUGUCCUUUAUUAGUGACUUGGCUGGUUGUGUCCCCUGGAGAUUGUGACCAAGUGCCAGGCUUAUUGAGCAGACCUGGGAGACUCAGACUUGAAGGGGGUAGGCCACCCCUAAUCCCUUGGGCAUCACCUUCCCAUGCCCUCAGGGUGUUCAUUCUGAUUAGGCAGGGAGGGAGAGAGAUUCCUUUCUCUCCCAUCCCUAAAUUGGAGUUUCUUAACGACAUAAAAGGCAUAUCACAGCUUGAAUGAAGAGGAUCUGAGUAGGAAUGAAGGGACAAAUGAAAAAGUGCUUGGCAUAGUGGAUAGAGAGCUGGCCUGGAAGCCAGGAACAACUGGGUUCAAGUCUCAUCUCGGAUAACACGGGUGAGCCCCGGGCAAGUCACUUCAACUUGAAGACUUGCAAUUUGUGACAGUCAUAGUCAAGAGAGCUCCCUGUGUUAAUAAAAUCUAAGGCUUGUCUUGGUCCCUAUCUUAAGCAUCUCUUAUGUGCUAGAUACUGUGCUAGCUUCUAGGGAUACAAAUACAAAAAGGAGGCAGUUCUCAUCCUCAAUUAGCUCCCAUUUUAAUAGGGGGGAGCUAGUAUGGGGAGCAGUAGAGACUGAAGCAUGCUUUGGAGAAAUGGGGUCUGAAGAACGAGGAUUGAUGGGUCUGUCCAGUCUGGGGAAGUGUUUGUUUCCGGCUGAAAGGAGAGGAAGAACUUGGAUGGGCAGAGCUCCUAGGAAGCCAAAGGAUGGGCAGAGCCCUGGGAAGUCCAAGCUGUGUGAAGGUGCCAGGAAAAGUAGCUGACAUCUGGACUUCUCUGGUCUUCUCUGCCUUAGCUGAGCAAAAGAGCCCCAAACUUUGUGCCAAGCCGGGAUGUUGCCAAGGCCGUGGGGCAACAUGACUGCACCAUAAGUUCUCCUUCUAAAGCAUAUUUUGUCGAGGAAAUUGGCAACCCUCAUGUUUUAUGUAACCUGAUGUUUACAGCCCAAAGUCAUUAAGUUUUUGUGUUGAGAAAUUUGUCUUAAUUUCUAGAUUUUUUUUAAGGGAAAAAAGUAUUUUUUUAGGUACGAUAACUCACAAUGGAUUUGCGGGUGUACGUGUUUGUACUUGUGUAUGAUAUAAGCUCGUGGAGUAAGUAGUGAUUUGAGACCUGGACCUUCCUCCUCCCCUCGGCCUUGGAGCUGUUCACCCGAGACUGGUUGGCCAAAGCCCUGGUGUCUGGAAGCUGACCCAACACCCUUAGCUUAGGAAUCUGUUGAGGUCUAUGCUUCCUUCCCAAGGAACCUUGACUCCCUCUUCCACUGUGUCACCUGGGGCAGCCAGUGUUCAGAAGACUGUUCCUUGGUCAAGUGGUUUUUUUUUCUUUCUUCUUCUUUUAUUUUGAACACCAAAAGCUUCAUUCCUGAUGAAGUUUGGGCAUCCCAUAUCUGGGCCUGUGUGGAUGCUGGUGGGGUGGGAUCGGGCAGGUUCUCUACCCACGACCGUGCAGCUCAGAGCUCCUAUGGUGAUCUUGCUGCCAUGAUUCCACAAAUGUUCUGUUUGCUAUCCUUGGUGCACAGCGACCAGGCCUUUUGUCGGAGGGUUGACAGAUACUGUAGCCAACACAAUCACAUCGACUUUGUACUCUGUGUGUAUUUGUUUUUGUUUUCUGUGUUUUAAAUAAAGCCUUUGAGAAAGGAAUAAA